UCUCGUUAAAUCUCGUGUGAUUUUGUUUCCCGCCACUGAACCACGUGGGGAAGGUAGGGGACAUGUUUUGUUGUGUUUGCCUGAUCAAAUAACUUCCCAACUAUAUCUAUCAAUCGUCCACUAUUAUAAACAACUGUAAAAGAAUUGCCUGAGAUUAGAACUAUUUAUAUAAUUCGCCGAGUAAUUGAACUAGGGCUUUGCGCCGUUUUCCUACCUCCUAUCUCGAUCAUCCUUACAUUUAUCGCUGAGCAGCACUCUUCCAUAACAAAACAAUCCACAAGUUUUAGAAUCCGUAUCUUCUCCUUUUGUCAUGUGGAUCCAAGUGCGGACCUUCGACGGGAAGAAAACCGUCAAGGUGAAAGGACUUUCCAAAUUGACCAAAGUUGAAGAGUUACGAGAGAGUAUAAAGGAUAAGUUUGAUGCAGAGCCAUCCCAACAACAGUUGUUCUAUCGCGGCAAACUGCUUGUAAAUGGCCAUACUUUGUUUGACUAUAAUGUUGGCCUCAAUGACCUCAUUCAGUUGAUGAUACGGCAGAAAAUCCCAGUAGCACCUGUACAGAAAGAUGAACCAAAACCAAUUGAAUAUGAGAGUGAAGAGAAUUCUAACUCUUCAGAUAAGGAAAAUAAAAUGCCUGAAUCCUGUCUUCCAGCAGCUAAAGCUUCUACAUCUGGACAGUUGUCUGGUGAAACAGAAGAUAUUUCAGAUAGUAUUUAUAAAAUAGGUGACAUUAUUGAUGGCAGGGACCCAACAAUGGGAGCUUGGUUCGAGGCAAAAAUUGUUAAAAUAAUUCCAAAACUUUGUACAAAUGCCCGAAAGGGUAGUGACUCUACUGCCACCCCAUUGCAAGAGGUGGUCAAUUCAGAUAAUAAAAAUGAAUGUAGCAGGGAUAGAAUUGAGGGUUGUGCAAAUGAUAUUGGCAGGACAGAUACAGAAAAUAUACUGGAUACACGAAUCAGCAAUGAAGAGUGCAAUGCUUCCACAGGUUUGUCUCAUGAAAAUGCUGAUAAAAACAAACAAAUUCAUUCAAAUUCAACAGAUAGUAAGCUGUCUGAAAAAGGUACUAUUGUUGAUGAAAAUGCUAACCAUUGUGACAGUUUACCUGUAAUGGACACACAAACAGACUCUAAACUCAGUGAUGUCCAAUGGAAAGAAAAACUGUUGAAAGAUGUUCCCAAAACCAAUGAUGGAUUUAUUUAUUCCAUUGUUUUUGAUGGCUAUGAAGAGGAUGAACCAGUUGAGUUGGACAGCAAUCAAAUUCGACCACGUGCUCGCCACAUCAUUAAGUUCAAAGACAUAACAGUUGGACAGAAAGUAAUGGCAAACUAUAAUUAUGAUUCCCCUGAACAGCGAGGUUAUUGGUAUGAUUGCAUUGUCUCAUCCAAAAGGGAUACUCGUACUAUAAAGGAACUUUAUGGUACUGCUUUCAUUGGAGUAGACUUGACACCUUUAGAGAAUUGUCACCUUCUAUUCCGUGAUGAAAUAUUUGCUAUUGAGUCUGCCGGCAUGCAAAUGAAUGAGUCUCAUUUGCUAACGAAUCCAGAAGCUUCUCCUGCUAAACGAUUGAACAAACCUGAAUGUGAUUACUGCAAUGACAACCCACGCCGAAAGUGUCGACAUUGUGCCUGCAGUGUGUGUGGGGGCAAGAAUAAUCCUGAAAGACAAAUCCUUUGUGAUGAAUGUGACAUGGCGUACCAUAUAGAUUGCUUGAAGCCACCAUUAGAAAAGAUACCUGAUGAGGACGAGUGGUACUGCCCAGAGUGCAAGGUUGACGAUGGAACUGUAGUUAAAGCAGGAGAACGACUAAAGGAAAGCAAGAAAAGAGCGAAAAUGCCUUCAGCAAAAAACACCAGCACACGGGAUUGGGGUAAAGGAAUGGCAUGUGUUGGUCGGCAGAAAGAAUGUACACUGGUCCCUCCAGAUCAUUUUGGUGUUAUUCCUGGUGUACCUGUUGGAACAACAUGGAAAUUUAGAGUUCAGGUCAGUGAAGCAGGAAUUCACAGACCUCAUGUUGCAGGCAUCCAUGGCCGUGAGGAUGUGGGUGCAUUUUCAAUUGUACUUUCUGGAGGAUAUGAGGACGAUGUAGACAAUGGCGAUGAUUUCACAUACACAGGAAGUGGUGGCAGAGAUCUGUCAGGGAACAAAAGAACUGCAGAGCAAUCUUGUGAUCAGACCUUAACUCGAUAUAACAAGGCCCUUGCACGCAACUGCAAUGCUCCAUUGGAUGAUAAGAAAGGAACUGAAGCUAAAGACUGGCGUGCUGGUAAACCUGUACGUGUAGUGCGCAGUUGUAAAGGCCGCAAACAUUCCAAAUACGCUCCUCUAGAAGGCAAUCGAUAUGAUGGUAUUUAUAAGAUUGUCAAAUAUUGGCCAGCUAAAGGAAAGUCUGGAUUUCUAGUUUGGCGUUACCUUUUACGGAGAGAUGAUACACAAGCUGCACCAUGGACAAAUUCAGGCAAAAGACGUAUUAAAGAGCUUGGUCUCUCCAUGCAGUAUCCUGACGGUUAUCUUGAAGCACAAAAUCAUAAAGAAGAAAAGGAUAAAAAGAAGAAACGAAAUUCCUCUGGAGAAUCAACUGAAGCUUCAAGCAAAAAGAAGCAAAAAGUUGCAGCUUAUAAAGUGGACCCUGCAGUAUCAAAGUUAUGUAAGGAGGACAGGGCUAACUCUAAAUUAUGGAAUGAAGCAAUGCAGUCAACUAAAGAAGGAGCCACAGUAUUCUUUUCUAAAGUGGAAGAAUUGUUCAUUUGUGUCUGCUGUCAGGAAUUGGUUUUCAACCCCAUCACCACUGAUUGCUGCCAUAAUGUUUGCAAAUCCUGUUUGCAACGAUCAUUCAAAGCUGAAAUUUAUACAUGCCCCUCGUGUCGAGCUGAGUUGGGCAAAGGUUACAGCAUGAACAUCAACAAGACAUUGUCAAAAAUACUGUCUCAAUUAUACCCUGGUUAUGGUGCUGGCCGAUCUUGAAAUUAUCAUUCUAUAACUAACUGUUGCUUUCACUGCCAUUAUUUUCCUUAUAGUUCACUUUUGUGUGUUCUUUGGUCAUGGAAUAUUCUCACUUUCAUAAAUAAACACUCUUUGUCUCAUGUAGCUUGACACCACACACUUUUCAAACCAAACUACUAAGUUUUCUGUCUUCCAUCUUACAUUCCAGUUUUGCUUUUUUUUUUCUUCCAAUCUUUUAUUGAUUAAUAAUCUUCAUUAUUCAACUCAACUGGAUUUUUAAAAUUUGGAUUUAGUGAUAAAAUCUAAGAUUAAAUAAUAAUAAUAAGCUGAAAAAGAGAGCAUUGAUAAUGAAUUUCUUUAAAUACUUCUCUAAUAAUGAACUGUAGAAGGGGUUUUUCUGUCUUUCUCUUGAGAUUUAUGCUUUUUUUCCCACUAAAUUCUGUUCUGGCUGGUUUGUAACCGUUUGCUAUCCUUCUCAUAUGUAAAUAUUAUUUUAUAAAACCAAUCACUAACUGUCCUCAACCAUAACUUGGCAACUACAUUCUUGACACUAAUAACUUAAAAGCUAUUUUUCUACAGACAUAAAAAAAAAAGAUGUUAAUGGCUUUUAUUUUUCACCAAUUUCUUUUUUAAUCCCCAAAUCUAUAGUUAUCUCACAUCCAGUUUAUAUUUUCAGAUCUUUCUCUUUAAUAUUGACUUCAGCACAUUCUUUUGUUAGAAUUUAUAUUCUAUAUUGUUUUUAAAAGAUUUUAUUUUUUUGCCAUCUUAUGGAGCCAGGGUUAACUUUAAGACUUUUUAUCCUGUUGUUGUUUUGCUUGGAUAAUUUCAUUCUUAAUAUUCUCCUUAAUGAUUUAAAUUAUUGCUGUUCUUCCUAUAUUUUAAUUUUUACCCUAUUUUAACUACUUCCACUCUUCUAUAUCUUCUGCAUUUCAUUUUUCGUUAAUAUUUAGCUCAUUCACAAUUGUCUCUCUAACAAGAACUUAUACUCAAUAGGGAAUCACUUAAUAUUUUGAUGGAACUGCAAUACCCAAAAGAUAUUUACUGAGAAAACAUCCUUUCCUGAUAGUCAAGAUAAUUAGUUCAAUACAUUUCAGUUUUUAUUGUUUUUGAACUUUUGGUGUUUUUAGUUUAUCAUAUUUAAUGCACAAAAAACAAACAGGCAUAUUAAACAGACACAUACCAAUUCUUGCAGUGCAUAUUCAGGAAAAAAAAAACUUUAAUGCAUUGCAGCAUUUAAUACUAACUUUUCAUAUAGAACCCAGGGUGGUUUUUUUUCUUUUUUGAGAUUUUUUUUGGGGAAAAUGCAUCUUGUAUGAUACUUUAGCAAAUGGAUUUUUAUUAAGAAAUGAUAAUUUAGUCUAAUAGUGUGGUUUCUUAUUUCUUUAGUCUUUUCUUCCAAACAGUCAUUAUAAUGAGUCUUUUACCUGAAAUUUGUGGAGGAUGAGAGAAAAAAAAAUUAUAAGCUAUUGGAGACGUGAAUGUGAAUCCUUAUGUAUGUCUGUAAGUUAAUGAAGCUGAUUUUUAAAUGUGUCCAGUCGUUUCAUUAUUCGUUCCUUUGUGCACAUGUGAAUUUACACUAGAACUCAUCCAAAUUGUACAGAUAUUGGUAACUUGGCAUCAGUUGUCUGCCAAAUGAAUUCUCUCUUUUUGCAGCUGCAGAUAUCUAGAUCGGUGGUUCUCAACCUUUUUAAUAUCUGGGCCAGAUCCAAAACAUGGAUCUUUUUAAGGGGGCCACAUGAAAAAAAUAAAUAAAUAAAUAAAACAAGUCAAUUAAAGAAAAAUUUAUAUUUAUAGAGACCAUUGAGGGCUGCCAGAAGGACGCUUUAGAGUCGCAUGCAGCCCUGGGAGCCAUGGUUAAGAACCACUGAUCUGGAUACUUUAUUAGAGUUCUGCUGUAGUGGUUCCAUAGUGUGUGUAUAAUUAUCAAAAUAAAAUUUUAUUAUAUAUAAAUA